AUGACUAAAGAUCUUUUGCAAGUUUUACGCCAGAAUAAUGAGUUGCCUGCAGAUGUAGAGGCACAGCAGCACCCUGGCCAACCAUUUGAUCUUCCGGAUCCUGAUGGGGGUAUGGACGAGUUUUUCGGUGAGGUGGAGUGGAUUCGAGAAUCAGUGGAUCGCAUUCAAGGUUUGGUUUCACAGGUGCGAACAAAGCACAGUGAAUUGUUGUCUGCUCCACAACAGAAUGAGCGUACCAAACAAGAACUGGAAGAGCUGACUAACUCCAUCAAAUUGCUGGCCAGUCAAGUACGCAUGAAAAUUAAAAAUUUGGAGAGUGUGAUUGCAGAGCAGGAAGCUGCUGACCCCGGAUCAGCGGUUGCUCGAGUGCGACGGACACAGCACACCACGAUCACACGUCGUUUUCUCGAUGUGAUGAGCAAGUACAACAAAACACAAACCGAAUAUCGGGACGCCUGUAAAGCUCAAAUGAAAAUGAAGCUGGAAGUUGCUGAACGUCCAGUUACGGAUGAAGAGUUGGACGAAAUGCUCAAAUCAGAUAAUCCUCAGAUUUUCACUCAGGGGAUUCUGAUGGACACUCAACAAGCCCGACAAAAUGUUGCAGACAUCGAGGCGCGGCAUGAAGAUAUCAUGAAAUUGGAACGGAGCAUCCGGGAGUUGUAUGAUUUGUUCAAUGAUCUGGCAAACCUGGUCGAAACUCAGGGUGAGAUGAUCGAUCGGAUUGAAUACAACGUGGCCAAUACCAAAGAUCACGUGGAAAAUGCCAAAAUCGCGGUCACACAAGCUGUGGUCUAUCAAAAGAAAUCUCGAAAGGUUAAUAAAUGA